GUUAAUCAUUUGCCAGUUAUUUUUAGUAAAUUGUUAUAAUGUCUUCAACUGGUCGACAUCAGCUUAUGGAAUUACUAAAUAAUUUGAGAAUAGAAACAAGAGUUGUUGAACAUCCUGCUGUAUUUACUGUUGAUGCUAUGAUGGACUAUUUGAAAGAUGUUGAUGGUUUUGUUACUAAAAAUCUGUUCCUUAAAGAUAAAAAAAAUAAGCUAUGGCUACUUUGUACGUCUCAUUCUAGUCAAAUUAAGCUAAGCGAUGUAGCAAAAUUGGUUGGAGCAGCAGGUACUUUAAGGUUUGCAGAUGAAAAAAUAAUGAUUGAAAAGAUAGGUGUUGCUCAAGGAUGUUGUACUCCACUUUCUUUAAUUAAUGAUAAAAAUAACGACGUCAAGUUAAUUUUGGACCAAAAUUUAUUGAGAGAUGGAUCAUGGAUAUAUUCUCAUCCUCUAGAAAAUACUGCUACUCUAGGAAUGAGUGUAGAAAAUUUCAAAAUGUUCCUUAAAGAAACUGGACAUGAACCUAAAGUUAUUAAUGUCAACUAGAAUUAAAUUUUUAUAAUUUUAAAA